AUGACGGACGAAGUAAGGGUAGUGACGGAGCACCCACCAGCGCCACUCUUCGACGUGGGGGAGCUCAAGCUCUGGUCCUUCUAUCGUGCUCUCAUCGCUGAGUUCGUUGCCACCCUCCUGUUCCUCUAUGUCCUCGUGGCUACCGUCAUCGGCCACAAGGCCGCGUCUCUAGACAACCAGUGCGGCGGCGUCGGCCUCCUUGGGAUCGCUUGGGCUGUCGGCGGCAUGAUCUUUCUUCUCGUCUACUGCACCGCCGGCAUCUCUGGUGGACACAUCAACCCGGCCGUCACAUUUGGUCUUCUCCUAGGUCGAAAGGUGUCGGUGUUGCGGGCGGUGUCGUACAUGGUGGCGCAGUGUGCGGGCGCCAUAUGCGGCGUCGGAAUCGCGAGGGCUAUAAUGAAACACCAAUUCGAUGCUUUCGGCGGCGGGACUAACGUGGUGGCCUUAUGCUACUCCAACGGUGCUGCGCUUGGCGCUGAGAUCAUCGGCACCUUCGUGCUCGUCUACACCGUCUUCACUGCCACCGACCCCACGCGCAACGCCCGUGACUCCCACGUUCCGGUGUUGGCGCCUCUAUCGAUUGGCUUUGCGGUGUUUUUGGUGCACUUGGCAACGAUUCCGAUCACAGGCACAGGUAUCAACCCGGCAAGGAGCCUCGGAGCUGCUGUCAUUUACAACAGACGGAAGGCAUGGAACGAUCAGUGGAUCUUCUGGGUGGGUCCCUUCAUCGGAGCUGCGGCCGCCGCGCUGUACCACGAGUACGUGUUGAAGUCAGCGGCUAUCAAGCUCAGCGGCAGCAGCGCCUCCUUCUCCGCCGCCGCGGCGGAGGACCGUGCCUCGUCCUCCUCUUCCUCGUCUCCCGGGUCCGGGAACGCGAAACGGCAGCCCCCCGAGAUAAAGAUCUUCCCGGAGGAGGAGGAGGAGACGGGUCCCUGGCGGAGGACGCGGCGGUACCGCCCGAUCGCCCUCCUCUACGCGUCCACGCGGCCCCUCCAUGGCCGGGAUCGCGACAACAAGAGGCGGACGAAGGAUAGCUAACUCCAUGCCCUAGGAUUUCCGCACCAUAGGACUACUUUUCGUGGGAGCCGAUUACGGCUUGGGGUUUAGACAAAAGUAGUGUGUAAGCUUUUACAUGAUCCGUAAAGCAUUGUCAUGUAAACAAACCAACCACAAUAACAUUACGGUUUGAGUUGCUCGGUCUAACCUUACUCGACAGACUC